AUGCUAGAUGUUACCUCUUGCAUUUACAAACGCAUGAAUCCAUGGCGAUUCUCUAGACAGGCAUACAGUUUUUUAUCGAAUCAAUUCCAUGUCCCGAAGACAAUUUCUAAGUCUGUCUCCCAGUAUAGGUUGAUUGAGGACGUUGAAGACCUAGACAGCUACCACCCUAGAGGCUACUAUCCUUUACAAAUCGGGGAUGAAUUGAAUAAUUCCCGUUAUCGAGUGAUUGACAAGCUCGGGUAUGGAGGAUACUCAACCAUAUGGCUAGCCCGUGAUCUACAGAUGGCCCGAUAUGUAGCAUUGAAGGUGAUCACUGCCGAUGCUAGUUGUUUCACGCAGGAAGCUAGUGUCAUGCCUUCCGUUGGGAACGUGCCAUCUGGGCUUGGAAGAGGAGUUAUUCCACCCCUCAUCGACAAAUUUUGGGUUACCGGUCCUAAUGACAAGCAUACAUGUAUCUUCACCCCGCCUGCACGGAUGAGCCUGUUCGAUGCCAAAGAGGCCUCAACCUUGGGGCUCUUCCAACCCAAGGUCGCGCAGUCAAUUAUCGCCCAGCUUAUUCAUGGAGUCGCAUUCCUCCACAGUGAACAGAUUGUACACGGUGACCUUCAUUUAGGCAAUAUCUUAUUGCAGUUUCCCGAAGCAAUAGAUCGUUUCUCUACAUCGGAGCUGUGCGAAAAAUUUGGAAAGCCAGAGCCAGAGGCCGUUAUCCGUCUCGAUAGAAAGCCGUUGAUGGAUGGAGUACUCGAGCAAGUUUUUAUUCCCGGUUUGUUUGGCCCACCUGAAGCCAGAUUUUCGGACGAACCGCUCUCCUUUCCGUCGGACAUCUGGACACUUGCUUGCGCCAUCUGGGAGAUUGCCGGCCAGCGCCCAUUGUUUGAGGCAUUCUUCCCAACUGCCGACCGUGUUACCGCGGAUCAAGUUGAGGUCCUUGGCAUCUGA